GGGGGGGGUGGGGUGGGGGCAGGGUGUGUGCCACUCAGUCACAGACAAUCAAAGAUGUUUGAGUUUCCAUGCGCAGUGACCAGGGAGGCACAACGCGAGGCACUACCACCCCUCCUCCAGCUCCGCGCGCACGGGCCUCCGCACCGCAGGGGCCUCUGAUCCACACUCGAUCGGAAGAGAAUCGUUUCUGUCGAAGAAAAGAGAGAAAAAAAGAGAAGAAAAAAUCGGUCAUGAGACGCGAUUUGUGUCUGCCGGAAGACAGAAGGAAAAACUAGACACGACCUGUUGGCGAUGAUGGAUUACUCGAAGGCGCAAAUGUCUAGCUUAUCUGAGGAGGGCAGUUCAGCUGGGAUUCCUCAGACCAGUCCUGCUGGUGUGAAGCUGGAGGCGGUGAUGGAACAGCUGCAGAGACAACAUGAGGCCAAACUGGAGGUGAGCCUGCAGGAGAAGCAUCUUCAGGCUCAGCUGCUGUUUGCUCAGCACGCCGCUGCGGCCAGAGCCUCUGGCUCCAGACUGGACUCUGUAUUAUUAGCCGGACAGACUUAUCACGGCGCUCAGCAAGCUCUGCUCAGCCACCUCGGCAGAAUGGACCCAGACGACGACGACGAAGACGAAGAAGACACAGAUGAGGAGGAGCGAGAGAUGGUUGGGAACGACGAGGAGGAAGAUGAAGAGGAGGAGGAGAGUGGGCUCCAUCAGGAGGUGAAGAAGCCCCGACUCCAGCAGGUUCCCGGCUUCCCAUUCUCCUCUUAUUCCACGGCUCAAUCGGCCGCUGUGAGGCAAAUGUCUGAAUCUCCACCUCCGGCAAUAAAACAGGAGCACGAGGAGAAGGACCUUCUGUCUCCUGCAGGCCAACACGCCUUCACCUCACCCAACGGCUUCACCGACUGGGGCUAUGACGAGCCAUUAAAACGAAGAGGAAGUUCUAUCUGGUCGGAGGACAAUGACGGAGUAAAAAUAAGAGGAGAACCAUCCAGGGACUUUGCCAAGCUCUAUGAGCUGGAUGAUGACCCACAACGGAAGGAGUUUCUUGAUGAACUGUUUGUCUUUAUGCAGAAACGAGGAACUCCUGUGAACCGUAUCCCCAUCAUGGCAAAGCAAAUUCUGGACCUGUACAGGCUUUAUAAGCUCGUGACAGAGAAGGGAGGCCUGGUGGAGGUCAUUAACAAGAAGAUCUGGAGGGAAAUCACCAAAGGUCUCAACCUCCCCACGUCAAUCACCAGCGCUGCUUUCACCCUCCGCACCCAGUAUAUGAAGUACCUGUACCCGUUUGAGUGUGAGAAGAAGCGACUGAGUUCUCCCGGUGAGCUGCAGGCUGCCAUCGACAGUAACCGCCGAGAAGGCCGGCGUCCCAGCUACACCAACAGCCUGUACCGCUACUCUCCCUCCCCGAGCGCUGCUCCACACACCCUCCACUCCUCUCCCACAAUACAAACCACAACGACAGCACACAGCAACUUGAAUACAUCCGCUAGUCCAAAUCUGAAGAGAAACACUGAUGAGACCGCCACCCCUGUAAUAACAGGCCGGCUGCCCAUGGCUCUGGCACUGGGGCAGCAGCAGCAGCAGCUGGCACAAGCUGCCACCUUGGAGCAUCUGAGAGAGAGGCUGGAGCGAGGAGCAGGAGGAGCUGCAGCCGAUGCUCCAGAGAAGAAAAUGAUGCGGCUGGCAGAGGAGCAGCAGCGCCUCAUGCAGCAGGCGCUCCAACAAAACCUCCUGGCCAUGGCCUCUCACUUCAACCCAAUGAACCUCAAGCUUAACAAUGGACACGAGAGCAAACAGGAUUUGUCUCUGAGUAUCUCGACUAAUGGAGCAGCCAGUAUCAGUGUAUCUGUGGAAGUCAAUGGUACUAUUUACUCAGGAACACUGUUUGCCCAGAAGUCUGCUGCUCCCGUGGCCUCACAGGCUGUGACCAAGGCCGGAACGAGUGGUUUCAGUGCCCUCUCCUCCUCUCACAGUCCGUCAUCUUCCUCUUCCACCUCCUCCAAGGGACCAAAUUGAGGUUUACCGGCUUUUUAAUUGGCUCCGAGCAAAAAAAUAACUACACAGUAUUCCUCUUGUGUCAGACAAGAACUUUGUGAAUUCUAGAGGGAAAGUCAGCCGCUACACAUGAAGCAAAUCAGUUUUUUUCCCCGGCAUUGUUUUUCCAUUAUUUGUCAGCGUAAUGAAAUGAUUCUUGCCAAUGGGGGACGUUGGUGUUUGACGACACAGACUUCAGACUAUAAUGUAGAUUUGGAUCACAGUUUACCUUAGUGCCUGUCAGAAGCUUUUUUUUGUAAUGCACUGGCAUUCACGUGUGAAGAGCUUUACAUGGUUUGAUUAGAAGUGUCUUUAGAGCAGGAAAGUGCACAAUGAAAUCCAAUUCCAAGUUUUUUCGGCAGCUACAUUUGUUGCUAGUCAUCAAACGGGUCUGCAGCUGCCUUUGUUCCAUAGUCGUCAGCAGAACAGUGUGGUUGCCGAGUGCAGCUAGUGAAGACCAAAAAGAUGAAGCUCAGUGUCAUAGCUCCUAUUUCUAACUGUUUUGCUAAAAAAAAUUUCAAUUUAAUUUCAAUGAAAGCUUAUAGUCUUUUGUGUGCUUUAUUAUUUGCUGAAGAAUCAAAUGCAAUUUAAAAGAAAUUGGUUACGGUUGGUAGUUUUUUCUUCUUCUUUUAACGUGUUUUAUUUCUAUUUUUUUAUUUAAUCAUUUGGCCUGGCCUGAAAAAGUGCAAAACGUUUAUUUUCGUGUCAGUUGUGAAUCGAUGGCAACAUUCGGGAGACAAGGUUCUUGCUGGGAGAUAUACAAUAUGUAAGAAAGAAGUGAUAUAACCUUUACCUCAUUUGACUUCCCAGGUUUGUAAUGUGCUUGGGAAUUUUGCUCUGGACUCAGGAAUGUCCUCUGGACACAUCGCUGUUAUAUUCCAUCUCAUAAUAUAUUGUUGUGUUGUAUUUGUAUAAACGCAAAGAAUGUAUCAUUAAUGACCUCAAGCUUUUGACAAGUGAACACUGAAACAGUGCUACCUCACUCUUCUAGAGAAAUAUGCAAUUGUUAUUGCAGCAAGUGUUGGUUUAGCCAACUGCUGAAAUAUACUGUAUGUGGACAAUCAAGUAGAUGUAUCACUGCAAACUAACGUCACUGUGAACUUGGCAACUGUAAAAAAAACAAAAACAAUCAAGGUGGAUGUUUAACUUUGUUUUGGUCUUUGAUUAACGUUUCUUGGAAAUGUGGCCAUGAGGAAUAAAGAAAUAUUGUGUGAAGUAGAA